AAGGUCUCUUUAUAAAUUCUCAACAAAGUUAAAAAGAAACAGCUUCUACUUCUGGCGCCAUUUGCACUGCAGCUCUGUGUUCAAAACUUCUUCUUCGUUUUUCUUCGUCUUCUGCAUCUCCACUCUUCGGGUCAUCUGUCUUUCUGAAAAGCCGUUAGGGGAUGGAAGAGAAGGAGAGUACGGUUUCUGGGUCACCCGGGAACUCGGAGGCUGAGUCGCCUCCUGUGAGCGGGGUGGUGCCACAAGUGAUGAAUAUGGCUAUAAACAUGAGCAUGGAGAGAAGUUUGGGAGGUGGUGACGAUGGCGGAGGCGUUGGUGGCAACGUAGGUGGUCGUAUUAGUGGUGGUGGUGGCGGCGGCAGUGGAAGUUUUGAUUUAUUGGGGAGGAAAAAGAGAGGGAGGCCGAGAAAGUAUGAUGCGGAUGGGAACUUGAGAUUAUCGUAUGCAGUUUCACCACCACCUGGAUUUACUUUGUCAUCUCCUUCUUCUGACUUUUCUUCGAAGAGGGGCCGAGGCCGGCCUCCUGGGUCCGGCAACUGGCAGCUUCUGGCUUCUUUAGGUGAACUGUUUGCCAACACAGCAGGAGGGGACUUUACGCCGCAUGUGGUGACUGUAAAUACAGGAGAGGAUGUUGCAUCAAAGAUCCUCUCCUUUUCUCAAAAGGGUCCUAGAGGAAUAUGUGUUCUCUCCGCCAAUGGAGCUGUUUCGAAUGUUACUAUUCGCCAGCCCGGUUCUUCUGGCGGUAUCUUGACAUAUGAGGGCCGGUUUGAGAUAUUAUCUUUGUCUGGGUCAUUCACGGUCUCUGAUUCUGGUGGUGCAAGAAGCAGGACAGGUGGAUUAAGUGUCUCAUUGGCUGGUCCUGAUGGUCGCGUGAUAGGUGGUGGAAUUGCUGGCAUAUUGACUGCUGCUGGUCCAAUCCAGAUUGUUGUCGGCAGCUUCAUGCCCAAUGGUUACAAGACACACAAAAGGAAGCACCAUCGUGAACCUACGACUACCUCCAUUAUCCCACCUGCCCCAGAUACAGUUACAGCUGCAAGACCAAUCUCACAAGCAGCACCUGAAGUUGGCCCCUGUCUGAACUCAACAUCCCCAUCACAUGGACAAAGCCAUGGAGAAGCAGAUGACAGUGUGAACAAUAAACAGAUUUCAAAUGUAAUAUCUUUGCAGAGCGCUGCUUGGAAUGGGUCUGAGCACAAAUCUGAACAGAGACCCUCUCCUGACAUCAAUUUGACGGUGCCCAGUGAAUAGGUAAUUUGCAUUUUCCGUUUUUUAUUUCAAAUCUAAUGCUUGUAACUUGAAAGGUUAUUUUGGUUUUUAGGUCAACUUUAGAGACCGAGUCUGAUGGCACAAUUGAAUGAGGCUAAUUUAACUUGCAUUGUUGUUCUUGUAACAAUUAUAAUUUUGUAAUAUUUCUGCCUGAGAUUGUUAAAGAUUAUUAACAAUUGUAGCCUUAAAAAAAAAAUUUAGUUGUGUUUGUGUUUCCA